AUGGAUGGUAACUUAGAACAGUUUAUGAAUCUCAUUAAUGAAGGAAAUGCAGAACAACCCAACUCUAAUUUCAACCCAAAUUAUGAUCUAGAUGAAGAAGAAGAGGAUUCCUCUGUAUCUGUUACAGAGAACAGGGCAAGAACAGAGGAUAGAGCAAGAAUGUUUGUUUCAGAGAGAAGGAAGUGGAGCCGUAUAAAGGAGAAGCUCCUUGCAUUGCAUGCCUUGGUUCCUAACAUUUCAAAGAUGGAUAAGGUCUCCAUGGUAGAAGAUGCAGUCUUGUAUGUACAAAAUCUGCAAAUGCAAAUUAAAAAGCUUAGAACUGAAGUUGCAGGGCUCGAAUUAACAUUAGGAGGAGGAAGAGAGAGAAUUGAAAAGUUAGCUUCUCCUAAGCCCAAAAGGGUACAAGUAGUAGACAAGAAACAUCAAGGUUGCAGGAAGAUAUUGCAGAUGGAUGUAGUUCAAGUAGGGGAAAGAGAGUUCUAUGUGAGAUCAGCUUGCAAUAGGGGAGAAGGUGUAGUAGUAGCCCUUUACAGAGCUCUUGAGUCCCUGACUUGCUUUGAUGUUCAAAGCUCCAAUGUCACUGCAGUUUCUGAGAGAUUUGUGUUGACGUUUACACUCAUUGUUAGGAAGGGUGAGGAAGAGAUGAAUGUGUCCACAUUGAAGAAAUUGGUGACAGGUGCUCUUCUCAGUCAAGGAUUUGAGUUGAAAACACCAGGAGAUCCUUAAUCACUUCUCAAGAACCCAAGAGAGUAGUUAGGGAGAAGGAAACCAUGGCUCUCAUCAUCUUCCUGAAAUGUGUAGGUUGUUACAGUUUCCAC